ACUGGGAACCAAACUGACGACCUUGCGCUUGCCAGGCAGGCGCUUUGCCACUGAGCUAAAUCCCCAGCCCCAGAUCUUUCACUCUGGAGGUUCACUCUUGGAGCCUCCUUACAAGCAGGGUCCUGACCACCACCAGCACCACCACGCCGCUGGUUAGGGUGCACUCUCUGCCCCAGGCCAGAUGUACCAACCCGAAGGCUGCAUUUUACCAAGGUCCCGGGGUUCCUCUGCACACUCGCGUGUGGUGAAGUACCGCUUCGGGUCACCCAUGCUCUUCCCUUCCUGCUUCUGGUUCCAGGCACCUGCCCAGAGUUCCUCCGCGUCCUUCUCCAGGAGCACUGACUGCCCUUGAGUGGGUGGCGGCCCCUCCGGUCAUUCCGGGUGCAACCCCCCUGAGGCGGCGAAACCCUUGGCUUCUUCACAGAGCCCUGAGCAAGUACCCGGGGAGCUGGGCCAUGGAGCCAAACCCCAUCUUGCUUUCCGCUCAGCCCCAGGCCUGCUCCCACCCGGCGGAACGUGGUCUGGAAGGUAACAGCAGCCCGUCCUCCCCAGAGCAGGGUAGGGGCCUCCCCUCUCCCUGGGGCCAGAUGCCCAGCUCCGGCCGUGCUGACCGCGGCUGGUUUGGGGAUGAGCACGUCCAGGCGAAGAGAGCCAGAGUGGAGACCAUCGUCCGAGGCAUCUGCCUCCCCCCCAGCCCCCGGGGGCCAGGCGAUGCCCGAGCCAAGGGCAGCGUGUUGGACCUAGAGAAGGUCCCAGAGCGGAAGAGGAAGCAGAUUCUGCCUGUGCAGCAAGUCCCCCUGCAGCCAAGCCCUGCCAGGAACCAGGCCAGCAGGAAGGGGGCUCCCAGGAUGAGAGACCAACUUCACCAGCUGAAGCAACAGCUAAGGUGUCUGCAAGACCACAUCCUGCAGGCUGCUGUGCCUGGGGCCGCAGCUCGGGGGCCGGGAUGCUUGGAGCCAGGGAAAGGCCCUCUGAGUGGAAAGCAGAGGAAUGGCUGCGGACCUGGUCCCUGGGCUGCCGACAGUGACCACCACCAGGGUUCUUGCACGGACAUCAGUGCGGCAGAAAAACACAGAGUGUCUGAGGUCCAACAUCUGUCCAAGGAGCUCAGAUCCCUUCCUUCAGGAGCACAGGCUUUGCUGGAGAUUCUGAAGAAAGAACUGACCAGGGCGGUGUCCCAGGCUGUGGACUCAGUAUUACAAAAGGUGCUGGUGGAUCCACCCGGCCACCUGCCCCAGCAAGGCAGGAGCUUCCAGGGACUAGUGCCAGAGGGUAGAGGCGAGCCCUCUCCUUCCGGAGGAGGUGCCUGUAGAGACCCACAUGUUCUGGCCUUGCCUAGGAGGGUCCAGCCACGAGCUGGGGUCUCUUUGGGGAAUUUUUCACUGGCCAAGCCUCUAGAGUCUCCUGGUACAAGAAGCAUCCCCAGAUCCUUCCAGGGUCCCACAGCAAGCUGCCCUUCGACAGCGCAUUCCCACAUUCAGGAAAAUCCGAUUGCUAGCCAGCUACUGGGUCACGGACUCAACGGCCAUUGGAGCAGUGGUCCUCCCCAGGACCCGCCUCCCCAACUGUACCCCUCCUUAGGGCCUGCCCUGCGCCCUUGGGUUCUGAGCCAGCCUUUCACCACGGCCGGUCCGGAGAGCCGGCCCCUCCUUCCCUCGGUGAAGACGGAGCAGGGCGGCCUGCAGGCCGGACCCGACGCACUUCCUUUCCCUUCUGUCCACAUCCAGGAAGGUCUAAAUCCUGGUCACUUGAAGAAGGCCAAACUCAUGUUUUUCUUUGCGCGGUACCCCAGCUCCAACCUCCUGAAGGCGUAUUUCCCCGAUGUUCAGUUCAGCCGCUGCAUUACCUCCCAGAUGAUCAAGUGGUUCAGCAACUUCCGUGAGUUUUAUUACAUCCAAAUGGAAAAGUCUGCCCGGCAAGCACUUUCAGACGGCGUCACAAGUCCCAGAAGGCUGGUGGUUCUCCGCGACUCCGAACUGUUCCGCACUCUCAAUACGCACUACAACAAAGGAAGUGACUUCGAGGUUCCAGAUUGCUUCUUGGAAGUCGCCAGCUUGACGUUACAGGAGUUCUUCAGGGCCGUCUCCACGGGGAAAGACUCAGAUCCUUCCUGGAAGAAACCCAUUUAUAAAAUUAUUUCGAAGCUGGACAGUGACAUUCCAGAGAUACUCAAAUCCUCCAGCUACCCUCAGGAGCUGUUUCAGGGCUAACAUCGAACAAAAGGAGGAGUGACUUGCCCAGAGUUCCCCAAGUUUGUCUUAAGUAGCAUUUCAGGCGUGGUCAUAUAGAAAGGGUACUAGGAGGCCCCGAAUGGAUAGUGUUUCCAUUUUGAUCACUUAUUUCCCUUAGCAGAGUCAUCAGCAAAGUUAAACAUAAAUACAUUAGCUAAGCGUAACAGCGGUGUACGGUAAACGGAGCACAAGUUGGAAUCAGAACACUCUGACGCUCAGCUCCACUGCUGCCAGGUGUGGUGACCCUGGACUUUCCAGGAUCUCUGCACCCGUAAAACGACGUUGGAAAGCUUCGAAGAAAAUGUCCUAAAGUGCUCUGUGACACAUGACACACAUUUCUCCUCUCCUGCCAGUUUUUACAUUAUCUUAUAAGGUGGCCUCACACAAAUGUGACUCAGUCUAUAGAAAAAGACAUCUGCAAGGCUGAGGAACUGCUGGUCUUCUAAACUAGUCACAACCAAGUCUGUAAGCACUGCCGAAGGUGUGCAGGGUUGGGUGGUGUAAUCCGUGGCGAAGGCUCUGGAGUCCUGAUUACAGCCUGUCUGUGAAUGCAUGCCCCUCCUUCCUUAUUUACAUGAAAAAGUUCCAUAUUCAACCCCAGCUAGUACUCCAUGACUGUAUGGGUGGGGUGUGAGCUGAAGAUGAAAACUUGAAACUCCUACUAACAGUGUCUGCAUAAAAAGUUAUUUAAGAGUUCUUCUUCUCCUUCUUCUGGUCCUGGGGAUGGAACCCAGGGCUUUCUGCAGGCUGAGCACGUGCUCCGCUGCUGAGCCACACCACCUGGCUACGGGUUACUUUUGAGUGUCCUUCAAUGCACCUAAUUACACUAGGACAAUCUUUGUCCUGUUUAUCCCCUAUUUUCGCAAGGUCCCCUUAUUAAAAUGAGGGACUCUGCCAAACUCAAGAUUUAAACGUAGGCAAGAAUCAAGCAGCCUUGGCAAGGGCAAUCAGUUGAGUGGAGACAGAAGAUCCCACUCUCCAGAGCGACAUUACAUAGCUAUUGAAGACAUUCAUGGGGAACAACUCCAAGUUUGCACAAUUGUCCAGUAUAGAGUGGCCCCUUUCUCCGUCCCAAACCUGAAGUUUAUUCGAGUGUUUUAAAGAUGGAGCCAGGCCACCUCCCCGGGCAGUGAGCCUUGUCUUGAAGACCAAUUAGAUGAAAUGUGCAAGCUCAAAUUAAAAACAUUUGGGAACUAGGCCUUUCCAGGAAGCGUUCUCUAACAGCUGAACUAAACACAGAAGAAUGUAUAAAUACAUAUGCUCUGCCAACGGCAGAAUUCUACUUUAUUACAGUUCUCUGUUUCUAUCAAGUACAUCUCUCUCAGUGUUGGGAACACAUUUUGAGUGUAAGCCGAGCUGCUUACUAUGUUCUUUCAGCAAUCGUAACAUUGCCAAAGGCCCGGUCAUUCUUUCCAUGAAGGUAUAUGUGGGCACUGUCCUCUUCCAAAUCAGACACGUUCGUAGUCUGCUCGACACUGCACUGUGGCCUGCUCUUCAAUAGUGGAUGACAGGCCUGGGUGGGGGAGUGUGAUGACAGCACCCCCGACGAGCCAAGGCCCAAUUACCAGCGCAAAGCAGGCAGUUAAUUGGCAUUUCAUGCAAGAAAUGUUUCUUUAGGCACUUUAAUUUCCAGCAUGGCAGAGUGUGUACAACUCCGUACAAGAUUCAAACAGCAAGAGGUCAAAGGCAUCUCCUGGACAUACAAGGGGUAUCUUGGACUACUUUUUAUCCACCAAAGAAAGGGCAAAUCAUAAACAGCAGAGAUAACACUGUAAAUUUCUACAACCCAGUCUCAUUAUAGAGGGCCACUGCAAAAACACUCUUUCUGUUUUCAAUGACAAAAUACAGAAUCCUUAUUCAGGAAGCUGAGGCAGGCGGACAGCUAUGAGUUUGAGGCCA